UAAAUCGUCAUGCGCGCAUGCGCAGUGCGGCCGCGUUCGUAAAAAGUGGCGGGGCCGGGCACCCCUCUGGUGAGGCGGAGCGCGCGCGAAGUUUACUCCGCGAGGCCGCGAAGAUGCAGGAGGCGGUGAGGUUGGUGUCGUGUGGUGAUGACAUCCGCCUGUGGGAUGCACCGACCCUCACUCUCAUUGACCAGUUCAACCCGCACAGCACCGCACAGAGCAUCUCUUCGCUCACAGUCUUCGGCCAUCCUGACAGUCCCUUUGUCCUGAGUGCCUCUGAGAGUGGCGACCAGAUUACUCUCACAAGCUGCAAGGUGGCUUGCAUCACCGUUCUUCAGCUUGCCGAGGACAAAGGACAGACUUGUGUCUCCCUCAGCUCCAACAGCCAGUUUGUCCUGAGCGGAGGAAAAGACGGCUCCGUGAACAUCUGGGACCUUCAUACAAAAAAGCUCCAGAAAUCAUUCACUGACCACAGCGCUGCGGUGACGUGCGUCUCUUACAACUGGAACGACAACUACGCGGCGUCGGGCUCCCAGCACGGAGAGAUUAUUCUCCACAACACGGUCACCAACCAGGCCAGCGCCCCCUUUACGCAUCCAAAAUCCCAGCAGCCGGUGCAGGACCUGCAGUACUCGUACUUCAAGAAGGCGCUCUUCGGCAGCGUGUCUGACGACGGCUCCGUCGUUUUGUGGGACGCAAACGCGCGGCGGCCUCACCACGCGUUCACCGCGGCGCACAGGGCCCCGGCGUCAGCGCUCGCCUUCUCCCCCGUCAACGACCUCCUCUUCGUCACCGCCGGCCUCGACAAGCGGAUCAUCCUCUACGACAUGGUCAGCAAGAGCAUACUGCGCUCCGUGACGGCGGAGUCUCCUCUCACGGCGGUGGAGUUCAUGCCGGAUGGAUCGACUCUGGCGCUGGGAACGUCACGCGGAAAGCUCAUCCUCUAUGACCUGCGCAUGAUGUCGGCGCCUUUGCGCAGUGUCUCGGCGCACAAGACGUCCGUGCGCUGCCUUCGCUUCCACCACAAGCAUGGCGCUGCCAAAUCGUCUGCGUCAAAAAGUGCAGCGCCCUCAAAGGCCGUGGAAGCGCCUUCAUCUUCCCUGGCCGGAAGCCGAGGAGGUGGGGUUGCUGUUGCGGCGCUUGGAGCAGGUGCAAGCGGCAGCAGGGUGCCAGCGCCAGCAAGCGGGGUCAUCACUAAAGCUGUCAUCGUGGGGCAAAACGGGGCAGGCUUGGUGCAGCCCACCAACCAGAACGCCCAGCUCAGUGGCCAUGUCCCCGUUCAAGCGAAUCACCUUGACAUGCUGGGGCGAGAUAGCUUUGGCGAGAUGUUUUCACCUGUACGAGAAGGGUUGAGCUCGGAGCUGAAUUCCUUGGAAAACCACGAUCUGUCAUCCACAGCUUUCACCAAAACCAGCUUGUCGGAUGGCAUCAGUCUGUACGCCGCCAGCGCUCACCGUACCCCCGUCAGCCAGGGAGCCGGUUCCACUGUCGCUGCCAUUAUAACCACCACCAUGGCGUCGGCAGCGCCGGUCGCAGAAACGGCGUACACGACGCCGCUGCAUUCUGCCCUGCCGCUCAUCGACAGGAAGGACCCUGAGCUGGCAUUGUUCGUAACACCAGACUCUGUGACGUACACGCCCAAGGAGGUGACGUGGAGCCAGGAGGCCCGGAGCACGGCGCCACCUUCCCCCGGCCAGUUUGCCACGCGGCCGGGCUCGGUAAACUCCAGCAACUCCGAGGCGUACACGCCGACGUCCGCUGGUAGCGCAGCUGCCCUGGGCGCGAGCCCGCAUCUGAGCGGGCGCGAGCGAACGGCUGGCGGGGACGCUCGUGUCUCCGGCACUCCAGUCCUCCCGGCCACAUACACGGCGGUGACGCCACCCGGCAAGCCGGCGGUGGAGGUGGCGGGAACGCUGGCACAGCGAGUGGCGGACGUGGUGCAGAACGGCGAGACCCACCAAAUGCUCACCCCCUUCCAGGUCGACUUCAUCCGAGGCAUGAUCGAGGACACCAUGGAGACCUACACGGAUGCAUUCCAUCGGGACAUGGUGAACCUGCAGGUGGAGAUGCUGCGGCAGUUUGAGAUGCAACAGAACGUGAUGGAGUCCCUCCUGGAGCGCUACUCCAUCAACUACACCCUCGUCGCCGAGAUCGAGCGCCUACGCGAGGAGAACAAGAAGCUUCGCUCCAACUACUGACCUCUGACCUUCUCAAAAGUUAGAUCCACAUGCGAGCGAUAGGUUGCCCAACUCGAUUGCGUGCAACUGAAUCGCGUAUGUGUGGAUGUCUCCAGCAACCGUUGUUCACAGCCGAGACACACUACUUUCAAGCAUUGAUCAGCCCAGCGAUUUGUAGCGACGUAAUUUUGUCAUGCGCUGCACACUUGUGAACUUUCAGUCAGUCGUUCCAAUCAUAGAUGCGGCGUUUAAGUUUGUCGUUGCUUUUAAUGUCCUUGUUCCGCAACUAUUCGCUCGGAUGUGGACAAAGCAGUUGCAAGCGAUUACUUGGUGCGAUUUCAAGAGCGAUUUGGUUGCGCAACUGUUGGCUUCAGUUCUGGGCCACGGUAAAGACGACUACUGACCCUCUCCCAUCCACUUCUGCUGGAAGUUUUAAAGCAAUAUGUGUGGAGAUAACAUUCACUAUGGACGAACAGCAAUAACCAUUCGUGUUCUAUGUCCCUCUUGUAACACGCUCAUUGCCAUUUACCUGUACAUAUGUCUAUAUUAAUCUGGGGAGCGGUAGUGUCGCGGUUAACACGCUGCGCUACGAACCCGGCGACCCAAGUUCGAUUCCCGCUCACGGCCACCACAAGUGACGAAUAUCUGAACCAGUCCUGGGCCUCCACAAGGUCGU